CACAGCCGCUCUCGGGCCCCGCCCACUGCUGGCUAGAGUGAAAGUAAAGAAGUCUUCCGUUGUUCGGCAGAGUUUCUCUCCCUCGAGUAAAGAUGGUUUUUUCUAUCUGCGUUUAUCUGUCAGGACUCUUACUAUCCUGUUCCGGGCUCCAUGUUUUAGGUCCUACUGAUCCUCUGACUGUAAGGUUGGGGGGCUCACUGAUGCUACCCUGUUAUACUGAAACCCUCAUACCCCUGGAGGAGCUGGAGGUGGAGUGGAUGAGAACUGACUCUGAAUCUUUAGUGCAUUUAUUCCAAGAUGGAGAAAUUCGACCAGAGUCUCAGAACCAGGCUUACAGUGGAAGAGCCAGUUUCUUUACUGAGGAGAUCAAGCACGGAAACUUCUCCCUCCUGCUCACAAAUAUAACCACUGAAGAUGCAGGAGUUUACAACUGUUCUGUUCACAGACAAGAUGAAUCUGCUCAAACUUCAGUUCAAAUAAAGGAGAUCGAGCGUUUGACUGUGACUGGAGGUCAUGUAAUAUCUGCAUACGCUGGUGAGGCCGUCACUCUGAACUGCUCUGUAGACUCCCAUAUCCCACCUGAAAAGAUGGAAGAAGUCUCAUGGAAGAAAGUGGAUCAAGAUAUUCUGGUGCUGAUGUUCAAAGAUGGUGAGGUCAAGACAGAAUCAGCUCAUGGGAGCUACAUGGGCAGAGUCGAGUUCUGCAGCCUUGAUGAAAUCAGCAAAGGGAAUUUCUCACUUAGAUUAAAGGAUCUCCGCACUGAAGACAAAGGCCUGUAUAUGUGUGAAGUUUUCUCUGGGGAGUUUUCAGCAAAUGCAACUGUGGAAGUUCAGCAGCUUGGUUUUUCCAGUAUGCAUAUUGGGGUUUUGUUUCUCUGCACACUGGCUUUUGUAUUUCCAGUCUUUCUAAGCUAUCAUGCUCGCACAUAUUUAAUAAAGAAAGACUACGGAAGAACUGCCCUGUCUGUACAGUGUGUGUUUGUCAUUUCUCCGAACGUUGCUAUGUUUCUUGCUUUCAUCCUCUGGGGUGUAAUCGAGGGGUUCUUCAGAGAGGCUGCUACUUGCUCAGCCCUUAGUCUGCUAAGGAUUGUUUUCCUGUUUUGGACUGCUCCAUAUUUGAGUACAUUUCAAGUUCAUGUCUGUAGAUUCAUUAAACGUUCAGCGGUUACAUUGGAAUAUGCUGUGAUAACCACUGUUGCUUUUUCAGGUCUUCUUUUGAAUUUCUGGCAUUUGUAUCAGGAAACACAAAAAUGGGGAAUUAUUAUUUUUUUUUUAGUCCUCUUUACAACACCACUGCUUGUGCUUUACAUAAAUAUCUUUGCUCAAGGUAAGAAUUUCAGCUAUUAUAUUAACCAAGACAUCUUCAUAUAACCUGUCUGACUACUGAACUUACCCCCGUUCCCCCCUGUUCACUGUCUAAUACUAAUAAUAGAGAGGUGGGGUCUGUCUAAACCAGUGAAAUGCCAAAUCUGUUGUAAAGUUUUGCAGACUGUUUGUCUUUGGAUAUUUUAUUGUAUGGUGUAUUAUUUCCUGUGCAGUAACCUUGGCUAUGUGGAAUGAGUUUUAUUAGGGUUCAAGCUCCGAAGGUGCGCAGAACUGUAAUGUUUUUGCAAAAAAAAUUGUAUUAUUAUUAUUCUUUUUUUCUCGAAAAACGCAUAUCUGCAGCCUAGACAGUACGUCGUAGAGACACGAAACUUGGUAGGUAGUUGUAGGAUUAGUGCAUCUUGGCAGACAACAAAAAUGGCACUGAUUGGUCAAUGGGUGAUGCCAUUAACAAGGAAAGAUCAUUUUUCAUAUUUUGCUCCAUAACUUCAGAACCAUGAGACCUACAUUCAAUUUUUUUUGUUGGAUUCAAUACCUUGGGUCAAUACCUACAACUUUCCAAUUUGCACCAUGCACUUCCACCAGUUUAAAUUGUUUGCUAAUUUUUACCAAUUUGCAUAAUAUGCAAAACAUACUUUUGUGAACUAGUCAUAGGAAUUUUGACCAAUCCUGACAUGUUUGGUAUUAAAAUGGGCUUCAAUAUUCAUCUAAAGGUUGAAAUUUGUGAACAGUAUGGCCACUAGGGAUGCAACGGUACAGUGUGGCCAUGGUUCGGUUCUUAUCACGGUUCUUGGACCACUGUUCCGGUUCGGUUUUGAUAUAUAUCAAUAUUAUCUAGUUCCAACAUGCAGUGUGCUUUAAACCCUUUGGGCCCUAAUUUAACGAUCUAUAGCGCACUAGUUAAUUGCACUUUGCGCAGCUGGAUUUAGGGGCUGUUGUAAGGGCGUGAAAAAUAGGCCUUGCACAGCUCCAAAGGUGCAAAGGGCGUGUUUUAAUUCUCUUAUUUAUUCAUGGGUGUGUUUUGGGCGUAACGUGAAAUAAACCAAUCAGUGUGUCUGUAUCCAUCCCCUUUAAGAGGCAGCUGCGCUUUGUCUUCUGUUCAUUCCUAUUUUAAGAGUGCAUAAACUGACUGUGCCUCACGCUGUUCAAAUAAGGGAAGCAGCUGAAAUAAAGGGAAUGUUGUUUUAUUCUUUAUUCUGUUUAUUGUUUAUAUUUUUUAAAAAUUUGAAAUAAAAACUGACAUUUACUAUAGACAAUUAAAAUAUCUACGUAAAAAAGAAAAAAUACGACAUAAAAUCAUAAAAAUUGAUACAUAAAAAAUGAAGAAUGUGUAUCUUAUAAAGGAAAAAUAAUAGUAGUUGAAUAUAAAGUAAAAUUAUAAGAAUUAUAAAAAAUUAUAAAAUUUAUAUGAGUAAACGAAGAACAUGGGAAUCAUGGGAAAAUAUAUACAUGUUUAAUGUUUUUAAUAUAAUUUGAUCAAUAAAAUAAUUAAAAUUAUUAAAAUGAAUUAAACAAUAAAUAAUAUAAAAUAUAAAGUAUAAAAAAACUAAUUUAAAACAAUCACAGGCUUCACAGUGCGCAGAAUAAUAAAAGUUUCAGUUUCAAUUAAUUGAAGCAGCUCAUCAAAACCUCAACCUAUCCUUUAUAUUUGACAAUAUUUUAUUAACUUUACAGGUCCUCACUCAUCUUAAUUUCAUUAACUAAACUGAGUUUUGUAUCCUCGCGCAGAAUUCAGCUCCGCGCUGUGCGUGCGCGCGAGAGAGAGAGAGAGAGGUGCAGCGCAUUUUGCCUGAUUUCUUUUGAUUAAUUAUACGGAAAUAUAGUGAGUUUAUACCAUGAAUUAGUACACUUGAUACGACCUUAUUUAUUAAAAGACUUUUUGAAGAAAACAGAGGUAAUCCCGCGCUGCCAAUUCCGCUACACGCACCUGCGGUCUUUUUUGAGCGCUGAACCAGAUUUUCGUUAAUGAAUUAAUAUAUUUUAGAUUUGUAAAAAUGUGCCCUGGUGAUACGAAAUGAAAGCUAACAUAUGGCUUUAUAUUUCUGUGUAUUUUAAAAGUAUUAAGUUGUAUAUAAUUGACGGACAGCUCCAGAGGCAAGGGUGACAAUGUGCUUUAUUUUUCAGAUGUAUAAAAAAUAAUAAUAAUAAAAGUGAAUUUUUUGUUAAAUAAUAGCAAAGUGAAAUUAAAAAAAUGUUUAUUCGAUUUGUCCAUUAUGUUUAUUUUUUAUAUCUAAAACUCCAGCAUUUGAGUGAGAAUAAGCAUCUGUUAAAAUUCUCAAACAGCAGAAUGCCUGUGUCUGCUGAAAUUAAGUUAAAGUUAUUAAGUCUGCGUACUGAACAUAAAUAUAACUCCUUAUAACUGUCAUGCAGAUUUUUAAGUAUAUUUUUAUAGUUAAUUGCUGAAGGCUCUGGGUAAGUUUUUUUAUUUCUUUUUUACUGUGGUAAGGAAGUGAUGGUAUGGGGUAUUUUGGAGCGCAGGGCGCAGGGUGAUCGUGAUUCAGUUUUUGGUGCGUGACUGACCAUUGAAUUUCGACGUCCUCUCACAGGAUCAAACACGCAACGCGUCUUUCUGCCGCCAAGAUAGAAACACGAUGGCAACGUGCCACGCUACAUGCCUUGCGUAGGUGUACGAUAGGGCCCUUUCUGUUUUAAAUCAACAAGGUGCUCCUACUCACACUUGCAGAGCCAAUAUUAAAUAGAAAAAGACACAGAUUAAAAUCACAACAUUUAUUAUAAAAAAGGCACACUUAUUCUUACCAUUAAUCAAAAAAAGGCAAUUUUUUUAAAAUUGCAGUAAUAUAAAAUGUAAACAUGAAUAUUAUUCAAUCAACUCAACCAACAAAUAUUGUCAGCCAGUCACACACUUUAAGAAAAUACCAAACUGAUAUCACACUGUGCUUUAUCUGCUCACUGUGUUUUUACCUUUUCCAUCAUACUCAACACUGAAGCCAAAAUGGUCCCAAACAGCGGAUUUAUAAGCUGAAGGCGCCUCUUCAAAUUUCCUUUUCUCUGUUUCCCGUUCACUCGCCCUGAUCACGCAUCUGAGAAAGUUUGGUUUAAUUAACACUCAAAUCUUCAGCGUCUGCCUUGAUCAGCAUCUGAUUGGUUGUUGCUUGGUUGUGGAGAGACACACGGAGAGAAGUAUAUAAAAAAGUCUCCCCUGGUCCUUAGCAAUCCUGACUAUCGCCCAAUACACAGAAUACAGUAUUCAAUCAAUAACCACAGAUAAAGUAUUAAAGUUUUGUCACCAGCGAGAUAAGCAGAUAAGCACCAGAACCAGACAGAGACAGCUGGGCAAACUCAAACUUUUUAUUUUCUUAACAGAGAAUCAGCAAACACAAAUUAAAGAGUUUUCUCUUCUGUAAAAAGUAAAAAAACAGCGGUUGGGCAGGGGGUGAUGUUGUGGGCUGCAGACGGAGGAGUAGAAAAACUAGUAUAUGUCAAUCAUACUGUAAUAUUUUGACAUUUAAUUGGUUUUGCCAUAUUAAGUACAGUGGCUCUGAAAAAUGUGUAAACACAAUUAUGUUUGAAAAUGCUCAUUGUUUCAAAAUAGCUUUAUACAAACUAGUCUCUGGGUAUUUGACAUAUGACCUCAAUUUUGGUCUUGUUGCACAAGGCAGAGUCUGCAGGUAAAUAGUCAUUAAAACAAUUGUGAAAUUGUCACUUACAACAGUGUCCAGGCAUCAAGCAAUCUGUGAGCCGAAAUUGCUGUAACUCUGCAGUAUUUGCUUUAAUCUCACAAUGUAAAACACUUCUGUACAAACUCACUGUGAUGAAGUGCCAUUUAAUUCAGAACUAGAUUUAGAACAACUUUGUAAUUACAUGUCAUGUCAGAACAUUCACUCCUUGGUGUUAAUAUAAACUUGUUUGGUCAAAAACUUCAGCUUAUUUUGAAAAAGUCAAUCUGAACCACUUUGUGAACAUUCUGGUUGAAGUCUCCUGAUCAAAAACCAUAACAUGUAGAUGCCUUUUGACAAAUUGUAACUCAAUUGUAACUUAAUGAAUAUUCUACAACGUUCCAUAGAUUUAUAUGUUAAUUUAAGCACUGAUCAUGUUUAACGGUCUCUGCUCAACAUUAAUAACAGGUGAAAGACAUUUGAUAAUCUAUAAAUGUGGCAGGGUUUUUCCCAAUUAUUUCCCAAUUAGACCUUCUUACACAUCACCAUCCCAUGCUGUAGUAGACACCAUUGUGUCAGUUGGUGCUUGAACCCGCUGAUUGCUGCUUGCGGCUAUAUAUAUAUAUAUAAUUUUUUUUUCUUUAUUGAACAAAAAAAAAUAUCCACUCAAAAAGAAACUUUAUUAAAUAAUAGUAUAAUGAAGAAUAAAAAACUCCAAAGGGCAUAGCAAACACUUUACACACUCUGUCAAUUGCUUCGUUAAUAUGCAGUGGAAAAUUCAUGAAACCAAAGCAGAGAUGAUCUUUGAGCAUGUUAACCAAGAAACACCAGAAAACUACAGUCCCUCACAAACAAAAACAGAGCAGAAAAAAACAUGAUCUGCUUGUGU